AUUUAUCCACACUCAUCAAAUUCAUAAACCCAGUUUCGAUCCCGCGUCCUCCUCCGCCGAAUUGAAAUUGAAAUUAAAAUUGGGGAUUUUCAUUUUGUUUCCAAGAUUCUUAACACACACCCAUUUCACUGAACCAACUGAAUUUAUCCUCUGUUAGUUUCCAAUCCAAACGAAGCCCUGAUUCAAUCGUCUUUUUCUCCCUCUCUCCGUCGUGGGUUUUCGUUUUUUUUGCUCAUUUUGCUUUCUGUUCUUCGUUGAUGCGCUUCAAUGGCGGCUUCACAGUCGUAUUUGUCCCGUUUCUUCACUAGUUUCUCAUUUCAAAUCACUGACUACUCUGAAGCAGGCUUACCCAUGUUGUUCUUAUGCUCUUUCUUCGUCUUCUUCACCUUCUCCGUCCUCGUUUUCUCCAUUUCUCUCUACAAAAGGUUGAAGAAACUCGAGUUUGAACAUCGUCAGCAACUAAUCACUAAGCCGAUUGAGCCUAAGAGAAUAGAUGUUGGGUAUUCUGUGGCGGAUUGUAAUGAAACCGAUCGGAGCUGUUUGAGUCAUUCGCUUCUGUUUGAGAUCUUACCACCCGAUUCUAAGAAAUGGGCGAGUUUGUUCGUUGAAGAGGGGUGCGAUGAACAAGAUUUAAAGGGCGUUAAUAAGGAAUUUGGGGAUUCUGGUCAGGAGCAAGGGGGGAAGAAGAAGAAGAAGAGGGCGAAGAAGAAGAGGGGGAAUUUGCAAGGUGGAGAUGAGAAUGAAGAUUGGGGAAUGAAUGUUGGCAAUGGUUGUGAGCAGGAAUUGACUUUGUUGUAUCCUUUUACACCGUCUACUAGUGUGAUUCAGAGGAAGAUUAAACGGCAGUAUGAUGAGCUUAUGAAGUGUCAGGAAUCAAAGGAAUUGACAUUGGCUCAGGUCAGACAAUUUGCCAACUGUUUAAUCAACGCUCGAAGCAAGCUGCAGCACAAAGCUGAUGUUAUCCAUCGAAAGUUCACGAUAACCAAAGCUCUGCUUUGUAAGGCUGAUAGAUCCUCCUUCGAUCGCCUUCAACAGCAGAUAUGUAAGCUAGAAUUGGAGCAGAGAAGGCUAGAGGAGGACACCUUUGUUUAUAACUGGCUUCAACAACAGCUUAAACUCUCUCCAGCAUACAAAAAGAUGCUUGAAAAAGGUACGAGCGCGGAGCUAAUGAAAGAAUCUGAGAAGGCAACAGAAAAGGGCGAUCCCGAGUUUAGGGACAUGUCGUUUGAGGAACUAUUAGCACAGGAAAAAAAGGAUUCGUUUUGGCAGAGGAAUGGGAAACUGAGAUCAUGCUCAGGGUGAUGAUAGAAGUGAGAUGAGUUUGUUCUUGUUUUCUUGUAACAAAAAGGUGAAAUUUGCAGCCUGUAAAUCCAAAAAGGAAACAGUUAAGACA